UCGAAACCUCCAAAAAAGAAGCUUUUAAAAUGAGGUUCGGCAAGCAGCCAAACAGCGCCAUUGGUUUCCCUCGUUGUUCUGCUUUAAUGGCUCCUUCUAUUUCUUCUCUGUUCUUUUCCCACCACACCUUCCCUUCUUCUUCUCCUUCGACUACCAAGCAUCGGUUCACCCGUGGGUGCACCCUUUCUCCACGGCCCCAAACUUUUGCGUUCUUCACAAACUCCUCUAAGAACAAAAAUAACAUCACAACUCCUCCUUCACAAGAAAGACCUUCUUCUUCUUCUUCUUCUUCAGAAAAGAAGUCUCUUGCCGUGACAACAGGGGAGCUUUUCUUGGGAAUAGCAUCAAGGUUAAUAAAAAGCAGUUCUGAGAAAAGCUUUUAUGAAAAUUCAGGGUCAAGUAUCCCUGUUUUUGACAGACCCAGAAAGAGAAUAAAUGGGAAUGAGCUUGAAAGUAGUGAAAGCAAUGAUAAGGAGAGAAUUGGGUGGGUGAUGGAAGAUGAGAUACAGCCAGAGGUGAUAUGGGAACAAAGAGUUAAGGAUGUUGAAGCUGAGAAAGAAAGAAGAGUGGUUACAAGUCCUGGGUUUAGCUUUUCUGCUGCUGGCCUUUUGUUUCCUUAUCAUCUUGGUGUUGCUCAGUUUCUCAUUGAAAAGGGUUACAUAAAGGAAACCACCCCAUUGGCUGGUUCAUCCGCUGGUGCCAUUGUAUGUGCAGUGAUCGCUUCUGGAGCUAGCAUGCAUGAAGCUCUAAAAGCUACUAAAAUCCUAGCUGAUGAUUGCCGGCUAAAGGGGACUGCAUUUCGUCUUGGGGCUGUUCUCCGAGAUGUUCUUGAUGAGUUUCUGCCUCAUGAUGUUCAUACUAGGUCCAAUGGGAGAGUUCGUGUUGCUGUAACUCAGAUUCUUUGGAGGCCUAGGGGUUUACUGGUGGAUCAAUUUGACUCCAAGGAAGAUCUCAUCAAUGCGGUCAUUACAUCUUCCUUCAUUCCAGGGUAUCUUGCUCCUCGGCCAGCAACAAUGUUUCGGAAUCGUCUGUGCAUUGAUGGGGGUUUGACAUUAUUUAUGCCCCCAACAUCUGCUUCUAAGACGGUCCGUGUUUGUGCUUUUCCAGCCAGUCGUUUGGGAUUGCAAGGAAUUGGGAUUAGUCCAGACUGCAACCCCGAGAAUAGGGCUACCGGAAGAGAGCUUUUCAAUUGGGCACUGGAGCCAGCAGAUGAUAAUAUUCUUGAUUGGCUCUUUGAGCUUGGAUAUCUAGAUGCAGCUGUGUGGGGAGAGCAGAACCCUGUUGAGGAAAUUGUUACUGAUGACGGUGCCGUUGAGAAUGGUUCCGCAAAGGGUUCUCAGAGGCCUUGUUGCAGAGCCAAUUUGGCAUUCUGUCCACCUCCAUGAACGCUUCAUGCAUGUUACCCCAGUUCAAAGUCAUAGAUCUUGGAGGCGGCCAGUAUGUCAAACAGACUCUGUAAAUUUCUCUCUGAGAAACCCUAUGAGAUAUUAAUGAAAUACCCUUCUCUGUCAGAUGUUUGCUAAAGCUAGCUAGGAUUCUAUUUUCAAUUCUCUGUUCAGUUUUUCUAGUUGCCGCAACCUUAAAAGACAGUUCUGAAGCGCUUCAGGUAGAGCCCCGAGGAUGCUGGAAAUGCUACAAUUCCAACACGGUGGGAAACUAAUGUAAUCCUUAUCAAGAUUGCAUAUUAUUUCCAUUAUAACCCUCAAAUUUCUUUUCCAGGUCAAUUUUUGGUAGGAUUGGAGAGAGGUUGGAGUUUUCUGACCCGUGAGAAGUUCUGAUAGCUAGCUGUUUGUCACGAAUUCUACCAGGUUUGACAUGUAACUUUUGUCGAUUUGCUCCAUAUCUUGAGCUGCCUUUUUGCUAAUUUACAAGUCAACCAUCCACAAGAGUUUUAGAAACCAGCCAUAUUUGCAUGUAAAAAUUCGACUUUUCCUUAACCUUUUUCCAUCGUAUAUAAUGAUGGUAGAGAUGGUAACUUCCCACGUUUAAAGCAUCUUUCAUGAUUGCAGUGAACACCUGUUCCACUGUCAAUGGCUCUCAGUGUCUUUUGGUCUUGUUCUGGUUAGGCUUUGGAUUCCCAGAAGCACUAUGCUUGGAAAUGCUACAUAUCCUAGACUUCCAUUUUUGCUCAAAGUAUGUGUUAGUGGAGGUUGCACCAUCACAUACAUCAAAAAUUUCAGCAGUAGAAAGUUUGGGAAUUCCUGUCUUUUUCUGUACACAACACCCAUUAUUUCUGCACUUGCAUUUCCAUGUUCCUCGUUGAAAAGGUUUUAAUGGAGAAAUCAUGAAAGUUAAAACUGUUUUUAACAAUUUUUCUUAGUUAAAAAUACAGGGUUUUUCUUUUUCUUUUAUUAAUAAGAAUCUACUUUUACUAAAUGAGUAAUAUAAAUCUUACAUUGCAAAAAAAGUAAAACGUUUUUCAUCUACUUUCCUCUCUUUUUGAGAUCAAUUUCACGUGAAAAAUAUUGUUAGAUGACCUUUGAAUCUUAUCUUGUAUAAUUGAUGAAUAUUGAUAUUUUUCUAAUUCAAAAAAUAUAUAUUUGUGACAAUCUAAUCAAAUAAUAAAAAAAAUGUUAGAUUCUUUCAAUUAAUUAUUUUUCGAUUAGUAAUUGGAAGAAUGAAUUUUCAAAAAAUCACUGGAUAGCUUUUACAUGUAUAGAGCUCCUUGCACUACAAACAUAUAUGAUCACUAGACAACAUGGAAUUCAAUGCUUAUGAUUGGGUUGGAAGGAGGAGAAGCAGAAAGAAAAAGGGAAAAACAAAAGAGAGUAAAGAAUGUUUGAGGAACGAGGACAUUGAAAGCCCAAUUUGUUGGCUUGUUGUGUCCCCUUUAGGCCGAAAGGUGACCCCUCCCAUCAACACCUUUAAUCGUCUGCCAUGCUUACCCUUUCCCUUCCAAUCCCAAGAAAGGUCAGUCUCAUAUCAGAUCAGAUUCCAACAUCUUAAUCAUCUAUGUUUUGAUUCAACUAUUGCCGUUUUGAAUAAACCAAUUCCUCAUUAAGUUCUUCCAUUAUCCUGGACCAGUAUUGUCUCACCAACAAGAAGUAAUCUGGGUAAAAGGACAAAAGGAAAAAUUCGAUCCAUUGUGAGAUGCCGCCAUGGGGUUGUUUACUAUUAGGCGAGAAGAACAUACAAUAAUUUUCUCUUUUAUUGAUAUGUUUUUCUCGGAAUAAAUCUGAGCAAUAAACAACAUGUAAAUUAAAAUUUUAUUAUAUAACUUAAUUCAACAUAAGUGCA